CCGGUGAGUUUCUCGGAGCAGGGCGGGGGAGGGGGAAAAGGGGGCAGCCGGGGGCCCCGGCCCCGCCGCCUCGAGGGGGAGACCCAGCCAUGUCGUUCGCGCUGGAGGAAACGCUGGAAUCGGACUGGGUGGCCGUUCGGCCGCACGUCUUCGAGGAGCGGGAGAAGCACAAGUUUGUCUUCAUCGUGGCCUGGAACGAGAUCGAGGGCAAGUUUGCCAUAACCUGUCACAACCGCACGGCCCAGAGACAGAGGAGCGGCUCCCGGGAGCCAGCGGCCACCCGAGGUGCAGCCGAGGCCGGACCCCCACCGGACAGCCCGGGCCCCCGGAGCGCGGGGGGCAGCCCGGUCUCGCGAGGCCGAGGGGAGCCGGUCGCCGGCCGGAGGAGCCCCAGCCUGCGGCGGAGCCCGGCCUGGGCGGAAGGCGGUGCGGCGCGGAGUGCGCACCCGCGGGGGGACAACUCGCUCCGGGGCCCCAUGACCAAAGCCGGAGAUCCAGCGCGGGCCCAGCCCAGCCCGGGCAGGAAAACUCCGGCGAAGCGGGACCCGAUCCCAGCGGAAGCGCCGGGCCCUUCGUCGGUGAGGGUGGUGAGCGCGUCCGGUGCGGCAGCCGAGGAGAUCGAGGUGCUGGAGCUGGUUAAAGAGGACGAAGCGGCGCCGACGGUCCUGGAGCUACCCGAGCCCGAGCCGCCUGAGCCGCCGGAGCCACCAACCGAACUGGACUCGCCUUCGGAGGAGUGCAGCUGGGCCGGACUCUUCUCCUUCCAGGAUUUGCGCGCCGUGCACCAGCAGCUGUGCUCGGUGAACUCUCAACUGGAGCCCUGCCUCCCCCUCUUCCCCGAAGAGCCCUCGGGCAUGUGGACUGUGCUAUUCGGGGGAGCCCCGGAAAUGACCGAACAGGAGGUGGACAGCCUCUGUUACCAACUCCAGGUCUACCUGGGCCAUGCUUUGGACACCUGCGGCUGGAAAAUUCUUUCCCAGGUUCUUUUCACAGAGACGGACGACCCGGAGGAGUAUUACGAGAGCCUAAGCGAGCUGCGGCAGAAGGGCUACGAGGAAGUGCUGCAGCGGGCCAGGAGGAGGAUUCAGGAGUUAUUAGAAAAACAUAAGAACACAGAGAGUAUGGUGGAGCUUCUUGACCUAUAUCAGAUGGAAGAUGAAGCAUAUAGCAGUCUAGCAGAAGCCACAACUGAAUUAUACCAGUACUUAUUACAGCCAUUUCGAGAUAUGCGGGAACUUGCAAUGCUGAGAAGACAACAGAUAAAGGUACACUUUUUUUUUUUUUGCCUAAUAAUAGUAGGCUAUCUGGAUUCUGUGUAUGAUAGGAUGAGAGCAGAUCAGAAAAAAUUUGGUAAAGCAUCAUGGGCAGCAGCAGCUGAAAGGAUGGAAAAACUUCAAUAUGCAGUUUCAAAGGAAACUCUGCAGAUGAUGAGAGCUAAAGAAAUCUGCUUGGAACAGAAGAAACAUGCAUUAAAAGAAGAGAUGCAGAGCUUGCAAGGCGGCACAGAAGCUAUUGCCCUUUUGGAUCAGUUAGAAGCAGAUUAUUAUGAUCUGCAACUUCAGUUGUAUGAAGUACAGUUUGAGAUCUUGAAGUGUGAAGAGUUACUGCUAACAGCCCAGCUUGAAAGCAUCAAGAGACUUGUAUCAGAAAAGAGAGAUGAAGUAGUGUAUUAUGACACUUAUGAAAGCAUGGAGGCAAUGCUUGAAAAGGAAGAGAUGGCAGCAUCUCUACAUCUGCAGAGAGAAGAGCUACAGAAACUUCAGCAGAAAGCUCGGCAAUUGGAAGCAAGACGUGGGCGAGUUUCAGCCAAGAAAGCCUACCUCAGAAAUAAAAAGGAAAUCUGUAUUGCAAAGCACAGUGAAAAAUUCCAGCAACGCCUUCGGAGUGAAGAUGAAUACAGGACACAUCAUUCAGUACAACUAAAGAGAGAAAAGUUACAAGAUGAAGAAGAAAGAAAAAGUACCUGGGUUAGCCAAGAAAGACAAAAGACACUAGAUAGGCUUCGCACAUUUAAGCAGCGGUACCCUGGACAAGUCAUACUCAAGUCAACACGACUUCGACUGGCUCAUGCAAGGAGAAAAAGUGUUGCUAGCCCUGUAAGUGUAGAUCAGCCUCAGUCCCUACCAGUAACUCUAAGGACAGAAGAGAAAACUGAAGAGGAAGGAACUGAACAAGGAAAAGAGGUGCUUCAAUCUUUACAAACCAAGGAACCCCAGAGACUAGCACAACUUGAAGAGCCUUCAUUAGCACAACUUGAAGCCACUUCAUUACCUCCUAGUGGUGUUACCUCUGAACUGCCUCUCGUUGCGCCUCUUCCACUUCUUACUGAUAAUGACCUGACACCAGGUACUGUUACUGUUGUCCCACUCCCACCACCUCUUCCUCCAACUCCUCCACCGCCCCCACCGCCCCCACCACCCCCACCACCGCCACCUCCUCUACCUACUACUAAGGAUGGUCCCACAGAGUCCCUGGAGAAAGAUCAUUCUAAAGUGGAAGGUGAAGAAAAAAGAAUCCCAAAGUCUGCCAGUGCCCCUUCAGCACAUUUCUUUGACAGCAAUCAGCUGGUCAGUGCCAGGAAGAAGCUUAAAAAAACUGCUGAAGGUUUGCAACGGAGAAGAGUGAGUUCACCAAUGGAUGAAGUACUGGCUUCUUUGAAACGUGGUAGUUUUCAUCUGAAAAAGGUUGAACAACGAACUCUGCCUCCUUUUCCUGAUGAAGAUGAUAGUAAUAACAUCUUGGCACAGAUAAGGAAAGGGGUGAAACUGAAGAAGGUACAGAAGGAAGUUUUGAGAGAAUCCUUCACACUUUUGCCUGAUACAGACCCACUAACACGUAGCAUUCAUGAAGCACUUCGAAGAAUUAAAGAAGCAUCACCAGAAUCUGAAGAUGAAGAAGAGAGUUUGCCUUGCACAGAUUGGGAAAACUAACAUGUAAAUGGUCCUAUCUUUGUCAAAAAGCAUUUUUAAUUUUUUUUUUUUCUAUUUGGGGGCAGAAGUUAAGAAAAAGUUGGGUUAUCAUUUGGUUUAUUCAUAUUGUUUACCACAUGCUCACUACAUUGUGUCAUUAAUAAUAAACUUUUUACAUUUAUGCAUUCAGUUGAUCAGAGAAAUAAGUUUGAGAUAGUUAAGCACCUCUUUCUCACAGAGGUUGAAUGAUCCCUACAGUACUACUAUCACCUUAAUAAUAUCCCUUAUAAAAGUGAAACAGACUUUUACGACACAUUAUAAGUGUGAACAUGUUUUAUUUUGCAUUUUUUUUCCUUUGUUUUUUAGUGUUUCUGACUUGAAGAAAUUGACAGUUACUCAGGCUAAACAAUUUCAAAUCACAGGAAAAUAAUUAGGAUUUCCUGAUUUGCACUGAACUUUUAAUAUUACCUUCCAAAGGAAUUGCUUUUCCAAUAGUAUAUCUUUGCUAGAUCAUGGAAAUAAAAUGCCAAUAAUAGAUGCUUCUAUAUUUUUCACACAGAUUUGCAGGCACUGUAGUAAAUUACUUAAUUAUUACCCAUAGAAAACAUGUUAAGAAAUUCAUCUAGUUCUCUUUGUGUGUUGGUGGUUAGGGAAGUGAAGAAAAGUAGGCCAUACUUUAUUAUGAGUGAACUAUAAAUUAUACCAAACAAUGCCUAAAAUUAAGGGAGUUAUUUAGCCCCAUGUGUUUUAGCUGGCCUUAUUAACAUGGUUUUUUUUACAUUGAAAUAGGAAUAUUUUUUUAGUUUAGCCUCUUCUUAUUCUUAAAUUUAAUAGAUGGUAUGCCUUUGUCUUUAUUUAGAACUUUCAUUAGAACUGUUGACCAGAAGAGGGCCAAGCACAGAGCCUUCUAGGCCACCCCAGUAGAGACACUCCCAAGUCCUAAGUGGAUCCAUAAUAACAGUGAAGAUGCAACACAUUUAGUUCUCUAAUCAUUUCAAUGAGGAAAGCUAAAAGCAUCUUCCUCAUUUUCCAUGAUUACCAGUAGCAUCUUAGCAAAAUAAGUUCUUUAAGUAUCCUAAUUAUAAUUGGUUUGUACUAUUAUCAAGUGAUUUGAAUUAAUUUAGAAAAAUUGAAUAUUCUUAACAUUUAGGGUUGGAAUUCUAUAUUAUCUUGGGCUCAUCAUUUCACAGAUUGAGAAUGAGAAAGGUUUGGAGACUAAAAGGGUUAAAUCUCUCAUUUUAUGGAUGAGGACAUUGAAAUUUUGAGAAGUUAAGCUUUCAUAUGUAAUUAUUAAAAUCAUAAGAUAUAAAUCCCAGUACUCUUAAAAUCCAGUGCCCUUUCACAUAUUAUACAUCCUUGUUCUUUGAAACAUUUUUAUAUUAACAUCUUCAAAAAUUCAUUUUUUAUUGCAAAGAAAACAGAAGUUAGCUAUCUUCAUUUUGUUUCUUCUGUAUGUUAUCCUAUUCAUCCCCAAGGCUAUCCAUUCUCCCUCAUCAUUUCUGGGCUUUAAUUUUCCUGAUACUGUUCUCAUAGGAUUUUGACACUUUUCCAUUUGUCUUUGCUUUUUACAAAGAGCUCUUUAGGUCGUUUUUUUUUUCCCCCAGAUUUCCUUUUCUUUGUCAUUAGAAGUAUUUGUGAUUUUGUCUUUAGAAUUAAAUCCUUAUGAACUUCUGUGUCUCUGUUAAAUGAACUUGCCUUUCUAAUCUCAGACCAUGGUAUCAACAUUUUUAUCAGCAUUCCAUAUCCUGUGAUGAGAAGGAAAGACUGAUAAAGCCAUAUAGAAUGGGUCUUUGUUUUUGGAAACUCUUCAGAUAACAUGAUGUCUUCCAACUAUCUGGUUGAUGGCUUUCCCUUUUAACUCCAGAAUAGUUUUACUAUUGUAUCCUUUACUUCCCCUAAAAAUGAAAUUUUUGGCAAGGCAAGUCAGGAAAUUGUUUUUCUUUUUAGUAGAAAGAGAUGUUUAAGAACUCUUCAGAUAGUUGUAUUAACUGAUCAUAACUAUAUUCUUGGCCUCUCUGCCAGCUUUGUCAUUUUUAAGUAAUUUUAGUCAAUUGUAUCCUUAAUUUUGAGUGAGUAUAUAAAGAUUCUUAUUUGAGCCUCUCAAGAAACAUAUCUCUGUAUUUUAAAAAAGGGCUAAGAAGUUCAGUUACAUGCUCAUGGUCACAUAACGGUGCUGCAAGGUGGGUCUUGUGAUUUCAUGUUUCACUGACCAUAUUACUUCUCAGGCAGCUGAUGAUUUGUUAAUAAGGAAAAUAGUGCCCCUAGGACAAGGAAGUAUAGGUCUAAAUGCCUAAAGUAAUUUAGAUGAUUAAAUUCUUAUUUGUUGAAUGGUAUUUGAAAGAAUAAUGAAGCCAUAUAGCCUGGGUCUUUGUUUUUAGAGAUUGAAUUUCAAAGUAAUAUUUUUUAGACAAUUCUAUAUAUGUAAAUAGAUAUCACAUACGUAGAAACUUAUAAAAGGUGAUUGAUUUAAUUUAAUUUCUCCCUGAAAAAAAAAAAUCUGUUUUGUGUUGGCUGUGUGCAACAUAUUAUUCUAGGCUCUUUAAGGUAAACAAAUGAAUGAAUAGGUCCCUUUCCUCAAAGACCUUACAAUCUAAGAUAGUGCUAAGACAUGCAAAAAAUAACUUAAUGUAAAUUAUCAUCUUAAGAGAAAUGUAACUUGCUGUACCAUUAGGAGACUUAGCUUAUUAAAUAGCCAAAGUCAAAUCAUAGACCUUAAACCAUUAUUACAUAUAGAACAUUGGACCUGUCCUUAAAGCCAGAGUUAUGAAAUACUUCCAGUAUACUUCUAUGGGUAAACUUAAUACAGUGUACAUAUUUUUGUCAUAUGCACCGUUUAUAAUUGCAUAUUUUAGUUGUUCCUGUCAAGCAGAACACUGACUAUAUGUGGGAAGAAAUUAAAAUUUAUUUAAAUGUGUCAAUAA